GGCCCGGGUGGGGUGCGCGCGGACGGCCACUGCUCGUGCUACUGAGGCGAGCCGCUGUGGCAAGCGAAAUCACCAGACCAGCGGACACUCAAACCAGACCCAGGCGCCGGUUGAUGCUGGCCUUCGCGGAGGACCCGUCCUCACUGUAGUAUGAGCGGCGCCCUGUGGAGAGUCGUCGCCGCACUGCUCCUUCUUGUGUCGUCAGAAGGACGAGGUGAUCUACGUGUUCGAGCGCAUAGCCCUGUCCCCGGAGGAGGUGUGCGGUAUGGUGGUGGGCGACGUCUGCGCCAUCCCCUACAACCCCUGGCAUGACUGGACCGUGCCGCUGCCCAACAUACCAAAGCCGUACACGCCGACGCCGGAGCCUGACCCGGACGCGCCAACGGCCCGCGUGCUGCACAUUUCGGACACCCACUUUGACCCGUACUACAAGGAGGGUACUAACGCCGACUGCGGGGAGCCGCUCUGCUGCAGGGUGACCAGCGGCUACCCAAAGCGCAAGGGCGGCGCGGCCGGCUUCUGGGGCGACUACCGGCGCUGCGACACGCCGCUGCGCACCAUCGAGAACAUGCUGCAGCACAUCUCGGACGUGCACGGCCCGACGCUGGACUACAUCAUCUGGACGGGCGACCUGCCUCCGCACGACGUCUGGAACCAGACCCGUGAGGAGAACCUGAGCAUCAUCCGCCAAAGCCACCAACUGCUGGUCAAGUAUUUUCCGCGGACGCCCAUAUUCCCAGCGCUGGGCAACCACGAAUCGGCGCCGGUCAACAGCUUCCCUCCUCCCGAGAUCGGCGGCCGCCACUCCGUCUCCUGGCUGUACGACGAGCUGGACCGGGAGUGGCGCCGCUGGCUGCCGCACCAGACGUCGGCCACCGUACGGCGCGGCGCGUUCUAUUCGGUGCUCGUCAAGCCCGGCUUCCGCAUCGUCUCACUCAACAUGAACUACUGCAACAACAAAAACUGGUGGCUGCUGCUGAACGCCACCGACCCCGCGCAGGAGCUCAGCUGGCUGGUGUACGAGCUGCAGGCGGCCGAGCUCAACCAGGAGAAGGUGCAUAUCCUGGGCCACAUACCGCCCGGCCACACCGACUGCCUGGCCGUCUGGUCCAAAAACUACUACCGAAUCGUGGACCGGUACUCGGGAACCGUAGCCGCCCAGUUCUUCGGCCACACGCACUUCGACGAGUACAGCCUGAUCUACCCGGAGGUACCGGGAGACCCAGAGGGCUCGGCCAACGCCACCGGUCUCAUGUACAUUGGUCCCAGCAUUACCACCUACUUGAACCUCAACCCUGGCUACCGUCUGUACGAUGUGGAGAAGAAAGGCAACAAGAUGGUGGUGGACCACGAGACGUGGAUCAUGGACUUGGAUAAGGCCAACCGGUUCGGUCACCCGCACUGGUUCCGGCUCUACUCCGCCCGCAAGGCGUUCGGCAUGGCCAGCCUGGCGCCGUACGAGUGGGACCGGCUCGUCCACCGCAUGGCCCUGGACGAGAGGCUCUUCCAGAAGUACUACAGGUUUUACAUGAAGGCGUCACCGGUGCGGGCACCCUGUGACGCAGACUGCAGGAAACGCCUGCUCUGCGACAUCGUGUCCGGCCGCUCCAACGCCAGACAGUUCACGUGCAAACGGCUGGAGAAGAAGCUGAAGGCGCAGAAGCGCUCCGGCUGGAUGUCCUGGAUGGGCGGCUACCUGGGCGUAACCGCGGGCGUGGUGGGCUCUGUCCUGCUGGGUGUGCCGCUCAUCACGCUGCUGUUGUCGCUGCGAUAGCCGCCACACGGCCCCCGUCAGACGCCAUGCCUCUCUCGGCGGCGGACGGACCCCGCUAGUCACUGGCCGCUAGCCGAAAACUAGUCACCCAUCCACCGACUCAAUGUGCAGAUGCAGCCAACAGUACGCACGCGUCAGCGGUACGGAUGGUUUGUGGUGUAGCAGUGGUGCACGCGCCAGCGGUGCACGCGGAGACCGCUGGCAGGCCAACAGGCCCACACAGAGAACGCUGCUAGGCCAACAGACCCACACAGAGACCGCAGGCGGGCCAACAGGCCCGCACAGAGAACGCGGUGAAGCCAACAUGCGCGCACAGAGAACGCGGUGAAGCCAACCGGCCAGCACAGAGGGCGCAAGCAAGCCAACAGACCCAAGUGGAGGUGGCAAUCAAUAUUACAGAAUCACGUGAAGAUUCUGGGCAAAGUCGGGGUCCGGGCAAAAAUUUUCGAGAUGGCUGACAGCCUCGUUCAUUCGUGAAAGUUGGGAACAUGCGACGAUGGUGCAACGUAACAGUGGCGAGCAAUUAGGAGCUGGUGCAUUUCUUUGUGGUACAAGAUGUGACAGCCAGGGUGGAGAGCUGGGUUGAACACGGCUGUCAUUGCAGCGUGUCCAGUGUUCAGCAGAUGGCGCCUCGUAACGCUGCAUAAGGAAGGCUUGGUGGGGUUCGGAAAAAAGCCGCUGGAGGCCGAUAACGUACCAGUUGCUGGGAGGCAUUGUCCCGGAUGUGCUGGAGAAGUGGCCUCUCAUAAUGUUGUGCGUAUAGGAUAGCAAUUAUGUCCAGGGCCCAUGAGAUGUGAAUUGCGAGCCGUGUGUAUUUAAAAACCUCAAUGUAUGUGUGUAUGUACGUUGUAUGCACCCGUCAUUCGGUCGUCAUCAUUUCACAGGCCCAAAAUGCAGCCUGCCUUGUUAGGUCUAACUGCACUCAUCUAUGGUUUGCUGUGGCUCCACUCAGAAGCAUAGUGUGUUUUAAGCAUAUGGAGGAAACAUUGUGAUCUGAGCUUUUAGAGCUAUCAGAAAAGCAAAAUACUGUCGUAGCUCACCCGUUCACCAGGGGCAGAUCUGACAAACGCCGUGCCCACAAUGCCAAUGUCGGAUGACCAUGGGUAGCGAGCAUAAGUAAGUGUAGUCGAGACCGGAGAGUGAAGUGGUUUUAAAACUUCGUCUGCAUUGUGACAAUUCGUCUUCGUGAACGGGAUGAAUGACGCUGUGUAUGCCGCCCUACGAAAGGUGAGAUUGCCCAGUGUAUCCCACUCGAUGAAUCGGAGUAGGGACAAUGCUCCUGCUGCGGUUUGAAUGGAAAUAGGUCCGCAUGCUUGUGUAUUAAAUGACGGGUUUGAUUUUUACUUAUUCUCGAAUCCAUAAAACUGUAUAUAGUAUUCCCCGAUGUCAAAUCAUCUUUCGGAGUAAAAGAUCCCAAAACUGGUAUUACUCACUACAGAAAAUGACAAAAAAAAUACAAAAGCUCACUACUUUCUUCAUGGAGCUGGCUAGAAUUGUCGAUACUGGUCUUAAGUCGUAAAGUACUACCCGUUGCCAUUUAUAUUCUGGAUUGAAAUGCGUGCAAUGCAUUCCGGCAUUGCAACCAUGUCACUGUAUCCGGAAGCAGCGGCAUGGUACUGGCAGAGCACGAUUCGUAUGUCAACCUGCAGUAAGAAUGCCAUCCUAGCAUGUAGCGUCACUAGAAUGUUUGAUGGUGGCUGGAGAGCAAGAAACUGUGUGAGAUGUUGCAUAAAUAAACUGCGAUUGCAACA